CGUCAGCUCUUCGUUACGUACGAAAGUCGCCCGAUCGGUGCUAGCAGGCUACAGCCAUGCUUGUUAGAUGGAGACACCUAGUGGUGUUGUGCAUCGUACACCUAGCAUCCCUUGACGCUUACUACGUGGACAGUACAAAAGAUGUGCCAGCGUGGAACAUAGAGUCAUUAACUCCUGAACUGGACAAAAUCACAUUUCCUGACAACACAUUAGACGAUCACCGGCCUUACGUAGUGGCGCCAGUCAUGGUCUAUCCAAGUCCGACGUGGACAUGGGAGCCCCAACAAGUCGAGUCAGAGAGCGUGCAACGGCCCAUAACACGUAGCAACCACCCGCCUAUGCAACAACUGAGGCAUGGUUCACCUGCAAGUCAAAAUCUUCGACAUCAUUCAUUACCAAAUUCAGAUUUGAAGCCAAAUAACAAUCAUUUGAUUGAGCACCAACGGCUACAAAAAACCUUGGCUGGUCAUCAUAGAUUGAGACGAUCAAAUCCAAUUCAUCGCAAUUCAGCUUCGUCCCCGGUGCAAUCCAGACAACGAUCUUCUCUAAGAGAAGAUACUGCCAUCACCAAAAUGAGACAAAAUCGGAAGAUCCCUCUGGGGAAUUUCGGCGACCAUCAUUCUUUCCAAGACACGUAUCCUUCUGGAAUUGUGGAACAAAGUUCGUUUGCUCGAUUCAUGCUUGAGAACCAGCGAAGAAUCAAGCAGGAACAAUUGGCAUAUCCGCUCAUCCAAAAGAAACCCAUAUUAGACGAAACUAUUCACGAAGGUGUCGAUGAAAAAUCUCCAAUGUCCAAGCAUGAUACUGGCAAAUUUCAGCCUCAGAUUACAAAUAUUCGAGAAGGUGCAAGGAAGAGCCAUUUGCAGAGACCUGCUCCUGAGUACAUGACGCAAACUCAUGUGCAGAACAAAAAUAUUCCUGGAAGACAAGUUGGGAUCAAACAGGAUAUUUCGCAACAUCGGAAUAAUUUGAAACGCACACACUACCAUCACCCUGAUCGAUCUCAUGGCCUACUUCCCGGUUCAUAUCACGACAAUUUGCCAAAGAGAAUACAGAAAACUCAUGUCAGUUCCGGCUUGCCAGCAGGAUGGGACAAUAACGGUGAAAUUUUUGCAGCUGAGGAUUACGCUGGAGGCAACUCUGGCGUUUCUUACCGUGAUCACGAAAACCUUUUCCGCCGUCCAGGGGGCGGCAGCCUUCGUCUCCCUCAUGGCUCUCAUUCCUUUGUUAGGGACGACUCUUACUUUCCUCAAGGUCAUCUAUCUCCACAUGGUGGAAGCAGCCCAGCUCACGUCACUUCCGAUUCCUAUAAUGAACAUCUCGACUAUGACCACACCUCGAGUAACAAAGGACAAAUUGAAUUUGAUGAAGAUUAUCCACUGGCUUAUCAUGCAACUCAAGUUUUCGGAGAAACCUCGGAUCAUCAUCCACAGGAGUCAGGAAAGGAAACUUAUAGCCCCGUAAGAGUGAAAAGUUCCAACAUUGGCCAUUUUGAUUCGGAUACAACUUAUAGCCCCGUAGGAGUGAAAAGUUCCAACAUUGGGCAUUUUGAUUCGGAUACAACUUAUAGCCCCGUAGGAGUGAAAAGUUCCAACAUUGGGCAUUUCGAUUCGGAUACUUUGGAUCUCGAUUAUAACGUCCAGUAUGAUUUUGGCAUCCCUGAAACGCAACGACUGAAAGGUGAUGCUGAAAUAGUGGAACCUGGCUUUAGUUUUGAUGUGAAUCACCGAGAAUCGUUCUCUCAUUUUGGAGGUCAUGGUGCUGGUGUGAGUGAUGGAUUUUCAAAGCCUCAAACCCAAAGUAUCGGGUCAGAUGACACCAUAAUUCAAUCGGGAUACAAUUUCGGUUCUGGACAGCGUGUAAUACAAUCAGGAGGGUUAGGUUCGUAUCAUUCAACUUCAGCCGGAAAUCACGGGUUUGAAGGUGAUCACGUUGUUACAUCAGGAGGUCAUGAGAGCGACCACCCUGGAGAUCAUGUCAACCAAUAUGGCAGUCCAAAUUUCAAAGAUGUGCGCCACAGCUCAAAUUCAGGAGGCCAUGAUUUCAAUUCUGGAAAACAAAAUUUCAACAGGGGAAAUCACGUUCGGCAUUUAAAAGGCGAUGCUUUCAAUUUAGAAGAUGUUCAGUCAGAAAGCUACUCUUUCGAUGGUGAGGAGCCAUAUUCGCAACACAAUUCUGGCUCCAACAAUAAGGGUCACGCUCACACCGUUGAUUCCAGCGAUAUUUUAUACCAGUCUGCUAGCCUUGAAGACCGCGGUAAUAAAUUUCAUCAACCUCAUAAUACUAAAAUCUCAGACUUCGUUGGUCCCUCAAAUUUUGGGCAUGCCGGAAGUCAAGACUCUUCAAACUUUAAGCCCAUAGGACACGAAUUCGGUCACGAAUUCAGUCAUUCCCGAAAAGAUUUUUACGAUUUUAGCAAAAGUCAUUCAACAGUUUCAAAAAGAUCCAAUUUUAACGACGAAGUUUUUUACACUCCCAUCAAACUGGACAAUGGAAUUACUGUUGCACAGCCCUUAACGUACGGCUCCGUUGAUUUUAGUUCUGGAGUACAACCUGAGCCAAGAAAUCCGACGAUGGCCAGCCUUGAUGACCAAGCAUUUUACGUAAGAUCUUCCCUGGGAGAAAACCACGCAACAAACCUUUAUGAAACGCAACAAAAUUAUAGAAAGAAAAAGCCGCCAAGUAUGUUCAAAAAACUGGAGACGACGAGUGACGGUCACCUCACCCAGGGCAAGAGAAACGUAGUUUACAUCGAAGGAAGUGAGAGUGCGGAACAUGAGCCCGGCCAUCAUGUCGUGUCUGAUCUCGAGGAACAUAAAAUCAAGUUCGAAGAUGCAGGACGCAAUCCUACAAGCCAUGCAGAAAUAUCGAACCUUCCAGCUAAAAGAGCCACGUUUACACACGAGCCUACGCAACCCGAACCAAGAACUGAAGGCCAAAAGGAUGAUCAAGAACACGUCCCUUACGUUGAACCAACACCCCGACUACUUACUGAUCGCCCAGAAGAGAAGGAAUACAGAGACGUUAAUUUAUCUGUGGUUACUAAUUCUGAACCGCCUGCACAUCACUUGGACCAUGAAGACAUUACUCCCAAGUACGAGAUGUCUCAAGAAAAUGAACAGAAUAUUGCUACUAUUAAUCUCGAUGGCAAAGAUCAAGAGACAGAUUAUGAAGACGUGUCUCAUGAUCAAUUUUCUAAAGGAAUCGUGUACAUUACAGAGGACGAACGAGAGUUACGUGGGCAAUACGGACAUCCAGGCGAAGCGGAGGACGAGCGCCAUGUUGAUGACGAAUAUGAUUAUCAGCAGCCAGCGUCAGGCGAAAAACCCGAAAACCAGGAAAACGUCGAUGAAUAAAAACCUGCUAUAGAGAAUAGGUCUCACGUUUGGUGUGAUGAUAUGCGAGUAUAAUACACGACCAACUAAUUGCUCCCAAAAAGUGUGUAAAUAGCGAAACUAAUUCCGAAAAACGACCCAUCAGCGUGCUGAAUCGCAAAUCCUCAUCGCAAGGAUUCAAGGGAGCAAUCGCAGGCAUGCGAUACAGGACAGUAACAAAUUAUAUAUCAAGCUAUCAAUUUCGUAAAAAAAUUAAGUGAAUGUUAUUCAGUGAGUGAGCUAUCGAUAGUAAAAAUGAGGUUCUAUGUCGCGAAUUGUUCCGAGCAGUUGAGCAGUUACUUACCAUAUGAAUUUGAUGCCGGUGUCAUUAUGGCUGGCCUUUGGUGGUGUAAUGCCGUCAGUAUUAGGAUUUUUGCCUUAUGAUAUCAGCGGUCAGCCAAUGAUAUCGGUCUUAUGGUGUCUGACACGUGAUCUGCUCUCAUAUGUGGAAGGCCAGCGUAGUUAGUGCGUGCCUGUGACGCGCGUCCGACGCAUUGCCAUUACUUGAAAAAAUCUUUUGAUCUGAAUAAAUUUGCCGGGAACGCGUGAAACGUGUACCAUAUUUUGAAUAAAAUUUAUAAACGGUGUAAAUUCAUAGAGACAAAAAAUGAAACACUUCGAAAUUACUUGGAUAAACUGUGCUUAUGCCACUCCAGACAUUUCAAGUGAUAUUCGCUGUUCAAGAGAGUUCAUCAAUGAGGUUUAAUUCAGUUGAAUAAGUGUAUGUAAUAGUAUAAGAAUUUGUAUUAUUAUUUGGGACUAUUAUUCACAUAAAUGCGAUCUGACAUCAAAAUAUUUUAAUCUACUCGAAUUAAAUUCUCUAGUUUGCAUAACAACAACUCACGGACUUAUGUGAAUAGGUACAUGAACAACCGUGAAAAACGUAGCAUGUGUAUGAUUUCUGACCUGCCAACAUAUACAGCAGCCGAAAUCAAUAAGGGAAUAGUCUAAUGGUUUGUAAUGUGUCGUUUGUAAUGCUCACCAAAUUGUCAAGCAGCUAGGGCAAAAUUCUUAAUUUAUUAUUAUGUAAUCUUAGUGUUCACAUACACCAUAAAAUGGUCCGUAAAUUGUUGUAUUUGAAUAUGGGAAUCCUUGAUGCGGAAUCGGAAUCGGAGCUUCAACGAUGAAGAAAUUCACUCGUAUGGAUAUUAUUGAAAUUAUCAGAGACAUUUUUUCGGUCAGUUUAAUGGAAAAAUUCCAGAAUCACAUUAUGAAAAACCUAAUUGCUUUAGUCCUUUUUUCGCGAGAUAGGCGAAUAUCUGAAACCCGGUAUUUUCCUAAUUGUUAUUAUUGCAUAAUUGCCAAACUUUAAUGUAACGUUUGGUACAGUUUAUUACUAACAUCGUUAUAAACAAGUUAUAAACAAUAAGGAUGCAGAGAUCAUUGAACAUUUUUUCAUAUCUGUCUUGCAUUUUUAAUUUGUUUAUGUAUGGAGCCAAGGACGUACGUUCCUCUGUUUUGCGUAUAACGUUUACGAUUAUAUGCAACGUUACAGGUUUCGAACUUCGUGUAUUUUGUGAUGCCAAAUUCUUUAUUGAAUAUAUAUUGUAA